AUGGCGUUAUUGUUUGCUUAUUCUGCAUCUGUCCAGCUUAAUGAUCCUGAUUGGUACUUUUGGUUUCCUCUGUACACACUCGCUUUUGUUGUUAAUCUGAUUAGUUGCAAAAGAAUAUCUAAAUCGACAAGAAUCAAACAGAUGAUUGGAACAGCUCUUAGCUUGGGUCUGUUCUUGUUUCUUAAGGUUGUUGCAGAGGAUGUCAUAACAGAGAAAGUCGGAGUUUUGUCUUUAGAUCUCACUCAUAGAGUGGUUAGAGAGAAGAUUGGAAGUGGUUUAGUGAUAACUUCUAUGUUUCUGCAACACAGAGCUUCUUCUUCUUCUUCAAAACCCAGAGAGAAGAAAUACAUUGACUUUGGGAUUACUGCAACUGUAAUCUUUGGCUAUGGACUUCCAUUUUGGUUCUUCACAAUUCAGAAAGGAGAAAUCAAGAUUUGA